ACACUGACUCCCACCCUCUCAGCAGAUACCACCACACAAGACGGCCAUCCCUUGGUCAUCUCAGAGGAGACACUGACUCCGUCCCCAUCAGCGGAUACCACCAUCACACAAGAGGGCCAUCCCUUGGUCAUCUCAGAGGUGACAUUGACUUCCAAUGUCAGCACGGUCCAGCUCUUAACUGCAGCCCAGCCCGAAGCCUCUGUCCGCCCCAUACACACGUGGUCCAGUGUUCCAGCCCCACUGACUAGGACACCGCAGCCCACAAGAGGCUCGACUGCAUUGCCACCAAGCACAAUGUCUAUCCUCCUCUCCAAACCUUCAGAAACACAGACAGGUUUCCCAAGAGGGCAGGCCUACACAGCCCUUCCCAUCAGUGAGUCUGACUCCCAGAGGCAUCUAUGGCUGGUGGUUCUUAUCUUGUUCCUGGCCGUGGUGUUCUACUGCCUGUGGCUCAAGGCUAAAGCUCUGAGGAAGAAGCGCAAGUUCAUAGAGUAAGGAAGCCAGUAAGGGAUCGUACAAUGUCUACGUGCCUCAGCAGCAGCCUGAGCAGGCUAAAGCCUCGGACACCAUCAGCAGUGGCACGCAGCGUGUGGAGUGGCAGGUCCCUGUGAAGAGGGAGAGUGACUGUCUACAGAGAGAGGCCGCUGCUACUGCUGCCUCUGCUUCUGCUGCUGCAGCCCCGGCCCCAGCCACACAGGUUCACCCCGGCCAGGGGCCAGCAAGCGUGCAGCACGUCACCAUGGACAAGAGUGGCAAGGGCGAGGGAAUCAGCAACACUGUCGGUUCCAUAUUCAUCUACUCUCCAGGGAUGGUGGUGCUGGGCACUAAUGCUUCGGAGCGGAGAGAGGAGGUCCGUCAGGAGGGUGAGGACCAUCACCUCCAUCAGCAUCAUCAUCAUCAGCAGCAGCCUCCUCCUCCUCCUCCUCCUCUAGCCGGCGUGCCUCAGCAAGAGUCCCUUGACAGCUUCUCCUGUUCCAGUGAGGAGACGGUGGCACUCAGCACACAGGAGGAGGACAGUGAUAAGGACCUCAGCUACCCCAUCCCAGCCAGUGACAAAUGAGACAACCAGUUGGACAGCAGUAAACUGGGUUGUACCAGUUGCUCUUUUUUACAAAAAAAAGAUUGUUUUGGGCUUGUAUGCCUUUGUUUGGGCCGGCCUGUAAGAGAGAGUGACAGGAAAUGAGUUGGAAAGAGGUGGGUGAGGGAUCGUGGAAUGACCUUGGGUCGGACUCGAACCCCGGUCCCUGGAUUGAUGGGGUGGCGCCCCCGGAACCACGACACCACCUGAACUACGACGCCACCUGAACCGGUGGUUCUGAAGAGUGACAGGCGAACAGUUGGAGCAUGUGUUGCAUGAGAUGUACUUUAGGACCAAAAACACACAUGGGCACAAGUGAAACCUGUGGAGGUGCAUUGCUUUUAACGAUGCAACUGUGUGACAGAGUAAUAAGUCCUGAGUGGGUCAUCUACCGAAUGGGGGAAGGAAAGUAGCACAACUGCUAUUCUGGCCAGAGUUUCACUUCCUCCCAAUGCAAUUCCAAAGCUUGCAUGCACGACAACUGUGAAAAACAAAUUAUGCACACAGAAAAUAGUGAACUCUGUAUGCAGAGACAAGCCCUGCUUGUUGUGAAGGCACCGAAUACUGUGAAGUCACAUGCAUGCCUCUCUAUGAGUGGAUAAGACAAAUGACUGAUAUUUAAUUUUUACUGUCAAAGAGAGUUGGUGUACCGGCUACCAGAAAUGGUGCAUUUUCCCUGUUUGUUGUCUCAUUUUUGGACUGCUUCAAUACUGGAGAUCGCUGAAUGCUGUAAUUAUUUACUUACAUACCGUGGGCAUUUCUUCACACUGGACACCUAAAGAACAAAGCUGAUUUACUGGAUGUGUAUGCAUUCACUGUUUUUAAAAUGACGCCUAGUACAGAUCUUUUGAAAUGACACAACAGUGACUUACUGUAGAUACAUAUCGUUGCUGAACAUUUUGACUCACCGAGAGGUGGAUGAACAUUCUGCAAUGGACUGUACAUAAUAUGUGCGUGUGUGUGUGUAUGUGUGUGUGUGUGUGUGCCUGCACUUGCUGGUAAAUGGCUUUUCAUUUUGCAUUCAGCUGUUACAUAUUAUAUAUUUUAAUCAUUAAUGUGUUGUGGUUAUUUAAAAAAAAACACAGAGAAAAUUAAAUGUUUAUUAAUGUUUUACUCGGGUUACAAAGUAAUCGUGAUUCUGGGAAAGCCACUCAAAUAAUCUUCGCUUUCACUUUCUGGCUCAGCGCUCUCUAAGCCACAGAACAAGUUGCAUGUUGUUACAGUUGUCAAACAAUGCCGAACGUUGGUUGGCGCCUUGCAUUUCCUUGUAAGAGCUUCAAGGAAACGUGUUAAUCUAACUCUUCCGGGAGAAUUUGACAGAUGACUUGUCGAGCUCAUAGCCUACUACUGAAACGAGUAACUGCUGUUGUCUGUGGUAGAGAUUAAAGCAUGACAUCUCAGAUAGCGUGGCUGAUUUUCUUGACGAUUUCACUCCUCUUCAGCGGUGAGGGGUUUGGAGAGAGUUGCAAUAACAACACACAUUAUUAUGAUGAGGAGCAGAACACCUGCUGCAAAAAGUGUGAGCCAGGCACCCAUCUGGAAACCGGGUGUACCAUCAGCUCUGACACGGUGUGUGCAGAAUGUCGGAGCGGAUACCAUACAGGCCGCAACUACCACGAGAACUGUUUCCGAUGCUCCAAGUGCCAAGCUGAUAGAGGCUUGCGGUAUGCACAGAACUGUUCAAAGACCCAAAACGCCAAGUGUGUGUGCCAGACAGGAAUGUUCUGCAUCAAGGGGUAUGAAGCUCCGUACUGCAAAGAGUGCAACAAAUACAAAACCUGCCCACCAGGCAAAGAGAUCAUCAGAACAGGGACAGAAAAUUCCGAUGUGGUGUGUGGGGCCGCAGAGGAAAGGGCUAAGUUACCAGCUCAGGAGCCCACCACCACCACCACCACCACCACCAUAACCCCAAGGCCUGCCACCACUCACAUCCCCACGACCUCAUCAGCUACAGUGCCUUUGAACCCAGCAGCACAGAGUACAAGCCAAGUGCUAACCAGCAUUUCCCAUGCCGCCCCUUCAACAGGCACUGUGGCUCUCAUAGUUGUCGGUUGCGUGGUUGGACUUCUGGUCGUUGUGGGCAGCAUGUUCGUCAUGUUCCAACGCCGACAGACAACAGGGUCAUCUGAAAUCAAAGUUCAAAUUGAGAAUGGCUGUGCGGAGGCCGCCACCUGCACUUCCCCGACCGAGUCCGACUGCCCGCUUCUAAAGCUGAAUGGUGUGUCAGACCAGUCAGCCACUUCGCCUUCGCCGGGCUAACAGACCACCCCAGCUGCCUCAAACGGACUCGCUUCUGGCCACUGGGUCACUUCUUCAGGAUAGCAGACCAGCUCAUCUGCCUCCAUAUGCACCACCAGCAGCUGACCCCUGAAGGUGUCUCCAACAGCUACUGCAUACACAAAUGAGCCUGGAUUACAAGCCACUCAUGAAGCUUUCUCCAGACUAAAACCAAAUGACCAUGCCAUGGCUGCAAGGGAGCCGGAACCAUUUUUAAAGUGGUGGUGCAUUUUUUUUCUUCAUUCUUUAUUUCUUAACAAUGUUACACAGUACACUCCACUCAUUUGUCUGCAGUAAACGUUUAGAAAGCCUCAUUAAGGGAGCACAAAAGUGGGGAAGCAAAUGCACCACUGCAUCCCCCAUUCCGGCACCUAUGCAUAGCUGUCCACCAUGUUGGACCAGUUUUGGCCCGACAGUCUAAAGAUAACGUCAAGGUCAGCAGUCAUGGUCGUGGCCGCUGUGAUUCCUCAGCCCCACCAAUGGCAGUGUAAGUGAGGUCAUCCUGUCAGAAGUGUCAAAAGUAAAAGUAAAAGUUUAAAAAAAGUUUCCUUUCCAACACAGGUAACUAAUCUGAGUAAAAAGUCAAAAAAUGCGCGCA